AGAGGGGCAACCAGCUAGUAGACCCAUAAGGAGUGUGGGGGUCCAGCUGACAGUCUGGAGGGAGGAUGGGAAUCGGUCAACAUCCAGGGCACACAAAAACGACACGGCCGUAGAAGGACGACUAGGCAAAGCUGUGACGACGCCCAACGGCAAGGGGCGGUGAAUCUGGAGACGCUGUCCUGACUGUUACCGAUGUCAGGCACGCGUGUUUGCGGCUUGGCCUCAUGCUCUGCGUUACAGCCAAUGAUGCGACGAAAUGGUGGUCCCCGAACGCGUUGCUUUUUCUCCUCACGUUGUGAUGCAGCUGGGAAUCAGAAAGAGGCGUCGUCGUCGGAACCUUGGCCGGAGGUGUUGGGCAAGGGGGCAAAGCCUUGUGACGAUCUCUCCAAGCGCAUAGCGGUCGAUGAUUGGGCAGACAUCACCACCAUCACACCCUUGCAACUGCCUCUGGACUGGGUUAGCAAUGCUUCUCUUCGGGGCAAUCUUAGUGUGGGGGUGGAGAGGCUGGCCGCCAUGGACAGACCCAACUGCGGCUCCGUCCUUCAUCAUCUGAUAGUCGUGACGGCGACCCUGGAUCGGUCUGCCGUCGGUCGUGGUCCCAGUCGCCAUGGCUCCUCAAAAUGCAGCGAGGGCAAAAGAAGGGAGGUUUGUAAAAGACGCAAAACGUGGCCAGCCCUCAGCUGGCAAGCAACCGAGAUGCCUCGUCACAAGAUCAGACAUGCAUCAGCACAGCGAACGGCAAUCAAGCACAGUCUUCAGUAAUUCACCGUUGCUGUCUCAUCAUCGUGGAGUCAGGAUCGUAGAGGGUGGAGUCUGUGGAACUUCAACCCCCACGCCAUGUUGUUUUAAGUGGCGCAUGAUGGGCCGAGAGCCUUUUGGGGCUGCGCCGCUUGUUGCACAGAAGACGAGGCCCAAAAGUACUCUACACAAUAAUAAAAGGAAUCAGUACACGAUUUUCGCGACUAUGAUC